UUUCACUGUCCUGGGUGGAAUUCUAAUCGCCAACACAUGGAGUUCGACCCUAUAUAGUUCCAUACACCCACCCUACAUACUCCAGCCGCACGGGCUGGCUGCAGAUAUUCUGCCAGCCCUUUCCUACGGCAAACUGAGAGAUACCACUAAGAAUAUUAUACGUGGCAUUCGAAAGGGAAUCGUUUUCGUAGGGCGUAAUUGGCGAAAGCAAUGGAGCCCUCAAUUAAAAUCGAAGCCACUAAAAGAGAACUUAUCACUUGGACUGAAGAAGGACUGGCAGAACCAUAGGGCCAUGAUGCGAGAUGCCCACCGUGUCGGAGUUGGAGAGCACGGAAAGGCAACGAAUCUUAGGAGAUUUCCACUCGAUUUGCAGAGCGAACUCUAUAAGAUACAUCGACUGAAUGCAAAGCUCUCCGACAUUAUAUCGGUUAAUCGUUCGGUUCCCGAUUUCAGGCCUAAAGCGUGCAAAUUAAAAGUAUACCUGAGGCAGCUGCCAAUGGUGAGCAUUAUUGUCACUUUCUUCAACGAGCACAAAAGCGUGUUGCUUCGAUCCCUGCAUAGUUUAGUAAAUCGCUCACCGCCCGAAUUAGUUAAGGAGAUCAUUCUUGUGGACGACUUUAGCGAUCUUAACUUUUUACAAAAGCCCCUGGAAAACUACGUAGCCCAGCACUUUAAGAACGUAAGAAUUUUACGUCUAAGACAACGGAGUGGGCCGAUUAGAGCACGUAUGGCAGGAGCAUUAAAUGCCACCGCUGAGGUUUUAGUCUUUACGCGCUCUCACGUCGAGGUCGGAUAUAAUUGGCUGCCACCAUUGUUGGAGCCCAUUGCUUUGAAUGAUACGACAGUUAUGGGUCCUACUAUUGAUCAGAUUGAUGGGAAAAUGUUUGGUUUUAGAAAAGGUGUUGAAGGUGUACGCAGUGGCUUCAAUUGGAAUUUUCACCAUGUGACAGCUCCCCGAUUGCCCGAAGAUCUGGUAUAUCCAUUGCAGCCAUUCAAAACUCCUAUUCUGCUGGGUGAAACACUCGUAAUUUCAUCGAAGUUCUUUUGGCAACUGGGCGGUUACGAUAAGGGUCUCAACCAAUACGGAGGUGAAGAAUACGAUCUAAGUUUCAAGAUAUGGAUGUGUGGAGGCGAGCUAUACGAAGCGCCUUGUUCCCGUGUUGCGCACAUAAAUCGUACAUUGCCGGAUAUGAGAUCCGACACGUUUCACCGGAAUAAGAUAUUAAAGAACUACAAACGUGUGGCCGAGAUCUGGAUGGGUGGUUACAAGAAGUACUUGUACAAGAGAAACGGCAUGUAUAAAAGUAUUAUGCUUGGAAACCUCGAAAAACAGAAAGCUCUGCGAUCUAAACUAAAUUGCAAUUCUUUCAAGUGGUACCUGCAGAAUGUGGCUUUUGAUUUUAUGAGAAUAUACGCCCCUUUUGAGCCGCCCGACUAUGCACUUGGCGUGAUACAAAAUCUUGGUAAUCCAGACUUUUGCGUGAACUCUCCAUUAGAGUCUAACACUACAAGUAUAAGUGUUGGACUCGAAUAUUGCGCCGACAACUCAACGGGUCCACCUCCAUCGCAAUUUUGGGCCCUCACCUGGCAUAGGGACUUGCGCAUAAACGACCGAAUCUUCUGCCUUGAGACUAGAUCUUCGAAAAGCGAUGCAACACUGUGGUUAUAUAAGUGCCACAAUAGAGGUCGUAAUCAGUAUUGGUACUUCGACUACAAGCAAAAGCUGCUGAAGCAAGGGCAGCAGAACCCACGCUGUUUAGCGAUGUUGCCGAAAACAAACGAGCUGGUCGUCAGUAAGUGCGACAAUACUAAUAACUAUAUGCACUGGAAUUUUGGGUUUGUUAACAAGACGGCGCUCAUGAACUUUAACAAUACCUGGACUUUUUAAUCGCGGUGGAAAAGUUACAGGCCUACUACAAUUUUUGCUUAAUUUUUCAAACUUAAUUUCAGUUCUUGGUCAAUACAACGAAUUCCCUAUCAAUUUAAGAUUAAGGUCAAAACUGUACACUAAAAUGUUUUAAUGUAUGAACAUCAAGAGGGGGACACCAAACUUCGCAUAUUGACUUGCCUUAUCCAUUCGCAGGCCAAGUUUAUCACAAAUUUGUUAUAAUCUAAUUAUUUUUUAUAGCUGCCAUAGAAACAAUCGAUGCAUGCUUUUUAGAAGGAUAUAUAUAGGACAUACAUAUAGUUUGGUGAUUCAAUUAAUUUCCUAGACCCUCAUUCUGUUUAUUACAUACAUUCGCACACUGAAUUUAAUUCUUUGAGUACAGCGAUUACAUAAUAUUACAUUUAUAUAACAUUAUUAUUUUUAUGUAUUACACUAACAAUAGUCUUACUUA